GGCUAUUACCUAGAGCGCUCCCAAUUCUCCCUACAUCUCGGUUUCAGACUGAACUUGCACCUGAACCCUAGCCCUGUGCGGGUCCUGGUGUUCCCGGGCAGAAAAUAGGGCCUCUGCCUUAGUGGCUUGAAGUCGGGACCUCGGGCUGCCAGUACCAGGAACACACGGGAGAGCUCGGCGCACAAGGGGUGGUGAGACCUGCAGCAUCAGGAAGCAAGAACUCCCUGGAGGCGGUGAACAUCGCUGUAGGUGGCUCCCCCUGACCUCUAAAGAAAGAAAGAAAUUGGAGUCUGAGACUUGAGGCCCCAGAGAAACUGUAGACUGCCAGCAGGGGGCGAUGGCUGUGGCCCUGGGUUGUGCGAUCCAGGCCUCCUUGAAUCAGGGCUCCCUGUCUCAGGAACAUGAUACUGACAGUGAAGUCUUCCGUCAGCGCUUCAGGCAGUUCCAGUACAGAGAAGCAGCGGGGCCUCAUGAAGCUUUCAACAAACUCUGGGAGCUGUGCUGCCAAUGGCUGAAGCCAAAGAUGCGUUCCAAGGAACAAAUCCUGGAGCAGCUAGUGCUGGAGCAAUUCCUAAGUAUUCUGCCCCCAGAGAUAGAGACCCGUGUGAGGUCAUUUGGCCUACGACCUACAGAAAUGAUGUUGGCAUUCAUAGAAAUCUUGGAGCGGGAAAUGAAGACACCAGAGCGGCAGAUCGAUAGCCAGGAAAUGUUCUUGGAAGAACUGGCACCAGUGGGAAUGGAAAACAUUCCACCAAACAUGCAGCUGGACUCAGCCCCGCUCCAAGUGAUGGGAGCUGCCCCGGAGGCUGCAAUGGCAGAGGCGUGGAUGCCACAGGCAGGGCCUCAGGAGCUGAACUACACAGCUGCUGGGGAAUGCCAGCCCUUUCCAGACCCGGGUUUCCAAUCCCAGUGGCAUGUCUCUUCUCCCGGAGGCUGGCCAACCGUGGGGACAGGCACAGAACCCCCAGAGUGGCCAGCACACCGCCUUCCAGACCCUGAGCUGAGGUUCCCAGUAAUUGACAGAGAAGAGCCUUGGCCAAAGGAGCAACUACACAAUCCUCAUGACGUGAAACUAGGAUUCUACGGCACCGGCGUAGACAGGAAUGUGCUCCUUGGUCCCAAUUUACCUGGAAACUCGGAGCAGCUUGAAAAUCCAUUGAGACACCCCACAGAGCUGCCACCCAGCGACAUGACAGUGCCUGUCCCUUCUCAGAACCCUUGUCUAGGAGAGACAGCUGAGCGCGCCAAGGUGCCAGAACCCUGCGGCCCCAGAGCCCCUGAGCAGAGCUGUCCCAGUGAGAAAUCUUACUCAUGUGUCCAGUGUGGGAAAUGUUUUGCUACCCUGAAACUGCUUAAGGGGCACGUGAAGAUUCACUCUGGAGAGCUCCCUCACAAAUGCACUAUUUGUGAGAAAAGAUUCCUUCGUAUGUCAGAUCUCAGGAGGCAUUACUGGAUUCACAAUAGUGAGAAACACUAUGAAUGCAGUCUCUGUAACCUUAGGUUCAGUCAGCGGAGAGAGCUGGCGCUGCACCGGAUCAUACAUUCUGAUAGAAAAAUAUACAGUUGCCAUUUGUGUAAGGUAAUUAUAUGCCAUAAACCAAAUUACGUAAGACACAUGCAAUCCCACACAGGUAGAAAACUCCAUAACAUUUGUAACAUUUGCGGGAGAAAAUUUUCGCAAAAGAUGCGUCUUACUUUGCACUAUAGAACACACACAGGAGAGAGGCCAUAUGAAUGUGAGUCUUGUGGCAAUACCUAUAAACACAAAGCAAGCCUUGUUUCUCAUUUGAAGAAGCAUGCAAGGGAAAAGUCAUAGAGAUUUGCUCAUUGUUUCACGUGCUUUUGAAAGAAAGCAGCCCUAAUAUGCCCAAGCAGCUAGCUUUACUUUUUUCACAUUUUUUUUAAACAGAGUGCCAUUAUUUAACAUUUUAUUAAUACUGUGACAGUACAGGAUAUCUGCCCUCGGAGUGUUCCCCACAACUCUCCCUCAACCAAAGCACAGAUAGUCCUCCCUGAUAGUCCUUUGUGCCCUCUCCCCUCCAUUCAAACGCUGGCCCUCCUCUUCCUCUCUGGGAUGCCCAGGUCAGCAGUUCACUUUAGAAAAGAAUUUUCAGAGAAUUUGUUGAGGGAAACAGCUCAACAAAUCGAAACUCAUUCAUGAAAGCCUUAACCUGCUCCAGGCUGUCUUGGAAAGACAGUUUGGUUUGUGUCUGCCUAAGAAUGGCUUUGUGCUUUGGUAUCUUUAAAACCCAUCUGCCAAGGUGUGUAGAUCCUGAAGUAGCUGCCAGCUGUUGCCACUGCCCUGCAUUUGGUUUCUUUCUGUCUAGAGGAAUCACGUUGAAUCAUUUUGAUGAAAAUGUUUUCUCCCUAGCUGACGACAGUGUACUUGUCCCUAGCUGACUACAGCGCACGUGUAACUAAGACGCAUGCACAGGCGACUUUCCUCUCAGGUCUAGGGCCAGUGUCCCAGUCACGGGGAGCCGCCCCAUGGACCUGCGUCUGUGCAAUAUUUUAUUCACCUGCAAAGUACAUGCCUUUCCCCUUUCAUUCCCACUGACUCAUUGUCAGCAACAUGCAGAUGCUUCCCUGAAGUGAGUCAUGACCACGUCCUUGACACGAUUAUUCCUCUGUAGCCUCUGCCAUGCCCAUGCAUUAUUUAGCCCAAUGCAUUUAAGUUCAAAAGUUACCUGUUCCCCAUGCAGGGCGUGGUAGAGUUGUCCAUGCAACUGUCUGCUACUGUGGUGGUCAUUUUAUUUCUUCUUUGCCCCAAGUUGGCCGAUGUUGAUAUUUUCCUGUCAAUUCUUGAUUGUAAUACCUUGUCAUUAAUAAAUGGAGUUCAUUUUG